AUGUGCCUUGAUCACGGCCCGGACUCGGCCGCUACUUCCGCCUGGGUGACGUCUGCCAUCGCCGGCUGCGCGAACUUCUGCCGACGGCGAGGCAGCGGGUGGGACCGGACGUCUUUCCUUCUGCCUGGGCACUGCUGCACCAGACUGCUGCGUUGUUUAGCCGUCUUUGCCCGUCUUUUGGGUCCUUGGGACUUCUUGACCUUGGAAACCUUUUCGGGUCCCGGUCCUCUGGAUCUUGGCAACCACUUUGAUCUUGUUGACCUUGGAAACUUGGUCGUCUUGAUCCUCUGGAUCUUCUUGACUUGUCAUCCAAGUCUCGAUCCUCUGGCUCUUCCUGAAGUUUCUUGA